AUGACUACUCCUUUCCCAAAAUAUCAAGAUAAAUUACAAGGUGUCGAAGUCCGUGGACCAAUUCCUGCUGAAGCUAAACACAUCUUUAAUGCUGAAACUUUAGCUUUUGUUGCUACUUUGCAUAGAGGUUUUGAAGCAAAAAGACAAGAAUUAUUAAAUAACAGAAAAGAACAACAAAAAUUAAGAGAUCAAGGUUAUUUACCAAAUUUCUUACCAGAAACUCAAUAUAUUAGAGAUGAUCAAACUUGGACUGGUCCUCCUUUAUCUCCAGGUUUAAUUGAUAGAAGAUGUGAAAUUACUGGUCCAACUGAUAGAAAAAUGGUUAUUAAUGCUUUAAAUUCAAAUGUUGCUACUUAUAUGGCUGAUUUUGAAGAUUCUUUAACUCCUGCUUGGAAAAAUAUUGUUGAUGGUCAAGUUAAUUUAUAUGAUGGUGUAAGAAGAAAUUUAGAAGCUAAUAUUGGUGGUAAACAAUAUAAAUUAAAUUUGGAAAAAGGUAGACAUAUUCCAACUUUAAUUGUUAGACCAAGAGGUUGGCAUUUGAAUGAAGCUCAUGUUACUGUUGAUGGUAAACCAGUUUCAGGUGGUAUUUUUGAUUUUGCUGUAUAUUUUUUCAAUAAUGCUAAAGAAACUUUAGCUAGAGGUUUUGGUCCAUAUUUCUAUUUACCAAAAAUGGAACAUCAUUUAGAAGCUAAAUUAUGGAAUGAUAUUUUCAAUUAUUCACAAGAUUAUAUUGGAAUUCCUAGAGGUACAAUUAGAGCUUCAGUUUUAAUUGAAACUAUUCCAGCAGUUUUCCAAAUGGAUGAAAUUAUUUAUCAAUUAAGACAACAUUCAGCAGGUUUAAAUUGUGGUAGAUGGGAUUAUAUUUUUUCAUAUAUUAAAUCAAUGAGAAAUCAUCCAGAAUUUAUUUUACCAGAUAGAUCACAAGUUACAAUGUCAGCUCCAUUUAUGUCAUCAUAUGUUAAAUUAUUAGUUCAUACUACUCAUAAAAGAAAAGUUCAUGCAUUAGGUGGUAUGGCUGCUCAAAUUCCAAUUAAAGAUGAUGAAGCUAAAAAUAAACAAGUUUUGGAAAAUGUUACAAAAGAUAAAUUAAGAGAAGUUACUCUUGGUUGUGAUUCAUGUUGGGUUGCUCAUCCAGGUUUAGUUCCAGUUGUUUUAAAAGUUUUUAAUGAACAUAUGAAAGGACCAAAUCAAAUUGAUUUACCACCAAAAGAACCAUUUAAACCAAUUACCCAAAGGGAUUUAUUAUCACCAUUUGUUCCAGGUGGUCAAAUUACUGAACAAGGUAUUAGAACUAAUAUUAUUAUUGGUAUUUCAUAUAUUGAAGCUUGGUUAAGGAAUGUUGGUUGUGUUCCAAUUAACUACUUAAUGGAAGAUGCUGCUACUGCUGAAGUUUCAAGAACUCAAAUAUGGCAAUGGGUUACUCAUGGUGCUAAAACUAAUACUGGUAAAGUUAUUUCAAAAGAUUAUGUUAAAAAAUUAUUAGAGGAAGAAUAUGAAAAAUUGACUAAAAGUGCUAAACCAGGUAAUAAAUUUAAACAAGCUUUUGAUUAUUUUGCACCAGAAGCUUUAGGUGAAAAAUAUUCAGAUUUUGUAACUACAUUAAUCUAUGAUGAUGUUACAACUAUUGGUAGACCAAUUUCAGGAGAAAAAUUAUAA